UGUUAUUCUAUUCUCCAUUUUCAAAUCAAAGCAGCUGCUUAGAAAUUUACCAAAUCUUUCUUUUUUCUCUCUCUUUUUCUCUCUACCUAAUCAAACCUGCAACUCUUUUGACUUAGCUUCUUCUUUCUUGUUCUUGAUGCUUUUCUCUUUUUUCACAUCCAAGAUUGCAAUCUUUCUCUUUGAUCUCUAAUGGGUUUACAGUUUAGAAAGUUGCUUGAUGAUUCUUAUAACGAGACAGCCUUAUCAAAAAUCUGUUCGUCAAAGUGUGUAUUAGAAGAAGAUACAUAUAGUUGUGAUGGAGUUUGUUCUUAUUGCUAUGUCAAUUGCUCAUAUAAACUCCUUCCACCUUCAACUCACCGUUCGAUUUCGGGCAAGUUCUUGAUUGCAGGUCUCGUACUAUCUUCAGUUUUUUUUCUUGUUUUUUGUUAUGCUAUAUAUUACAAGUUCUAUUCUGGGUCAAGAAGGGGAAGAUCGUCACAGCCACAAGAUCAACGAAAUGAGACCACCCAUGAAGAGUUCCUUGAUGAAGAUCAUGGUCCUAUUCUUGAUCAUCCUGUUUGGUAUAUUAACACUAUUGGAUUGCAACCAUCUGUGAUUAAUUCAAUAUCUGUUUGCAAGUAUAAAAGAGGUGAUGGCCUUGUUGAAGGAACAGACUGUUCUGUUUGUUUAAAUGAAUUUGAAGAAGAUGAGACUCUUAGGCUAUUACCUAAGUGUAGCCAUGCUUUUCAUAUACCUUGUAUUGAUACUUGGCUUAGAUCACAUACUAACUGCCCUCUGUGUCGUGCCCCUAUCGUUGCGAAUUCAGCUAGGGCAACAUCAAGUGAAGGUACUAGUGAGAGUUUGAGUAGUGGGGAAGAAACCCGGAUCGGAGUCUCGGAGAAUGAUCAAGAAUCUGAGAGAGAAUUGGAAGGUGGAGAUGGUGAAUUGAGAGUUGGAAUAGAAGAGGAAAGGGAAGUAGAGGAUGAGAAUACUAGAAAGAGAAGUGAAUUCUUGAAUGGAGAAGAGGAGGGGAUACAGCCAAUUAGAAGAUCAGUUUCUUUGGAUUCUUUAUCUGCUUUCAAGAUAAGCCAAGCUCUUGUUAGUGUUUGUCCAGUGGAAUCUGAUAGAAAUUCAAGAACAGGGUUAGUGAACGAGAGUGAAUCCAGUAUGGAAAUUGUUCCAAAGAGGGUUGGUAGCAAUCAAAGUUUGCUUAAAUUCAUAGCUAGUUCUUCAAUUGGAAGAUCUUUGCAAAUUGGUCCAAGUUCAAUAAAGAGAUCAUUAUCAUGUGGUGGGAAAUUGUUCUUGUCAAGGUAUGGCAAGAAUAGCAACUGUGCACUGCCACUGUGAUGUCCUGUUUCUUCCUUUUGGUGUUCUUUUUCAGGUGAGAAAUCUGCAAACUGAGUUGUUUUGAGAACUCUCUACAAGCUGAGGGUUUUCUAAAUUAUAAAUACACAACAAAAUACUGUAUUAAUAAAGACAUAAAAAACUGUGAUCUAUUAAUCUGAUACCAGAUAAUGUUGCACUUGUUAUAAUACCAUGUAAUUGUAAGUAAAGCUUUUCAUCUCGCAAGUAAUUGUGCUUUUAUACUA